GACGUCUCAGAUGAUACCAUGGAAACCACUCAGCCACAGCAGAGCAGCCGAGUGCGUUACCUCCUCUGUCACAGGAGUGACUGCUGCUCGGUGUAAAAGGGAGAUCAACUCGACUGCAGUUCUUGUUGGAAAAAAUAUAAUUCCACUCGUGACGCGUGGUUUCUCGUGUUUUGUUUUUGGUGGCUUUUAGCUGAGUUAAUGGGUUAAUUCCACUGACUGUUACACGACCGCUUUCGAAUAUCUUACGUUGAAGAAGAUGUUGGAGUCAAUUAAAGUUACAGAACAACUUCACUGGCCAGAGGUGGAUUUGUCUAAAAAGUCCAUCUUCAACUCUGCUGACAGGGUGGUGAGUCCAACCCAGGUGUGCUAUGCAAACAUUCCUUCCCCUGUUCUCGAGGACCUCCUGCUGCAAGCCGAAGAGGAGGAGAAGAAGCAGAAGGAGAAGGAGUUCCAGUGCAGGAGACCGAAGUCUUCGAUGAAAAGUGGCGAAAGAAAUCGCGUGAUCUUGACUCAGAAACAGACCCGUAGUCCAGAUGGGGGUGAGAAGCCAGUCCAGACAAACUGUGUCCACUCAGACAGCAAAUGCAAUCUUCUGAAGCCGACUCUGAGCCUUACAGUGGUGGGCUGCAAGAUGGGACUGACCCCCCGCACAGAUUCACUGUUCAGGAAAACCCCCAGGCUUAAUGCCUACCGUCGUCCGCUCUCAUCCCCCUACAAUAUAUCUGCCUCCCGGGAGGCGGAAAACACUAAAAAGCUCUGCAUCUUCACCGCUAUCAAGCCAUGCAAUGUCGACAGAGAGAAGGAAAAGUUCUUCCAGUCUGAUUUCAACUACAACCCCCAGUUUGAGUACAGCAACCCUGUCUCUCCAGGUUUCCUGGCGCGCUAUAACCAUGCCUCCGAUCACUUCCUAGCUCAGGCAGUGAACAUCAUGGAGCUGGCCUUGAAGAGAUACGGUAGCUAUGAGAUGUUUGAGCAAAUCACCGGUGGGAACCUGCUUCCCAGGAAUCGUAUCUGGAUCAACGUGAAGAGAUACAUGGAGAAGGAAGGCUGUGUGGGCGAGAUUGUAGUCCACGUGACAGAUGACUUACUGUCCAGGGCCUCGAUGACGAUGGUGAACGGUCAGCCCACUAUGACCAUCAACACGUCCAGCGCGCGGGAGCACUGGCUGGAGGGCAUGUUGAGGCAUGAGAUUGGCACUCAUUACUUCCGAGGCCUCAACAACUGCCAGCAGCCAUGGGGCAACAACACGGGGAGGAGGAAGUACAACCUGAAGCCUCUGAACCCAACAGAGGAGGGCCUGGCCAGCAUCCACAGCGUUCUGUUUAGGAAGGACCCCACUCUGUGGCGCGCCGCGCUGCUCUAUUAUACCGUCUAUCAGGCCAGGUACACGUCCUUCACUCAGCUCUUCCGCAACCUGGGACGCUUUGUUCAGGACCCACACACACGCUGGGACUACUGCGUCCGUGCCAAGAGAGGCCAGACCAACACAGCCCUGCCAGGAUGCUUCAGUAAAGACCAGGUUUAUCUGGAGGGCGUACUGCAGAUCCUGAGAUACAGAGACAAGAUUGACUUCCCAAUGCUGAUGGCUCUGGGAAAGGUGUCAUUUGAAGACGUGGAUCGUCUGAUACCUCUGGCUCAGAUGGAGAAGAUCCGCAUCCCACAUUUCAUGCAGGACCAGGAGAAAUAUGCUGAGCAGCUGAGAAAAAUUAUGGUGGUCAAUCAGCUGACAGAUGAAGAGCUGAAGACCCUCAUCUAACCUUCCUCAUCUUCCUCCUCAGUCCCCCAAUAAAAGCUGCUGUGCUCAGCUUCUGCCUGCAUGCAUCACAUCACUAACGUAGCCCUCAUGCAUGGUAGCACAGCUGUGAAUUGUGCCAUGCUGUGGUGUUAAAUUCUAAGACUGAUCGGUCAGUUCAGGUUCUUAAUGCUGAGUCAGCGUUGGCCUGCUCAUUCCUCCCUGAUGAGGAACAUGAAUUUGUCCACUUCAGGUUUUGUUUCAUCACUGUACGUUUUAUGCCAAUACAGACAGACUGCAGUAUCAAUACCAAAUAGACUUUUUCUCUGACCUGUAUUGAGUUUGGUCCUAAGUUUUUUUUUCUCCUCCUUUUUGUUAAAGCUGCCUUGUAGAAGUUGGACUUUCCAAACCCUCUUUGCUAUCUUUCAGAGCGGAUCUGUUUUGGCCAAAUCUAGUUCUUUAUUCAUAACCAAACUCUGUAAACCUUAUCAGUUCAGAUCAGUUUUAUAAUAAUUUAAGAUGUAGUCAGCUUAUUUUCUGUGGGUACUGUGCAAGACUGGACAGAAGUUUAAGAAAUAAUAACAUUUUGGUUAUAACACACUCAAACCACUCCCUCUUCAGUCCCACAGCUCAGAAUAAAAGCUUCUUAUAUUCACCAGUUUCAGAAGACGUUUUGCUCCCACUGUGUCUUCAUGGUGUUGUUCAGGAAGAGAAACCUCAUAGAUGGAUACUAUUGAUGAAAAACUGGAGCUGUUUUAAUCCUCACCAUUUCUUCUCCAGACAAACUAAUACCCAAUGGCUCACAUGUUCAUUUAGGACAUGUGAGCCAGUUUCAUUCCAUUUUGUCCUUUUUGUUUUUCUCAAAACAGAAGUAACUUCUUGCUGUUCUCAUUACCACAAGUUAUCGCAAAGUGUUCACCUCACUGCUCAUGCCCUCAAACCCACCUGCUGCCAGUGUUGAGCAAGCUCUGCUCUGGUGUCAUCACCACUUCUUCCUGGACACGUUUUGACACCCCAGAGCUUCUUCAGUGUAGUCCAAGCUCUUGUUGAUGUUUGUGAUCAUGCUGAAAACUGCCAGCUGCCAUAUUUUUAGCAGCCACUCCUCGACCAUCCAAUGCAGAGAAGAGCAGCCUCUUCCAUCCUUGGAAUAAAGCCAGCUCAUUAUUUGGUUCCUGAGCAAAACCAAAGAAGGUUUUUGGCCAAAUCUACUGAAGCUAAUUACCAUAAUAUCUUCUAAUUUAAUAUAUACGCAUUAUACGUAUAUAUUGCGUAUCCAUUAGGUUAGCCUGAAAAGAACAACUUUCUUUAGAAAAGGCUAAUAUUAAGAUUUUAAACAUCCACGCAAAAUAAGUUUUUCCUUCUCUUAUCCAAGUGUACUCAUCCUGUGUAUGAGAUCUGUCCCUUUUGCAAAGACGGAUACUGUUCCCUGUAGUGACUCCGUUAGGUUAGAAACAGCUUUGGCUGGAGAGAAAGAUGAGAAGCUGAAGUGAUGUUCCAGGCCUUGUUCCAGCUGCACCUGCUGCUGGAGAGGAACCCGUUCUGAAGUAAAUAUUAUUUUUAAGACUGUUUAUGAUAAAUGUCUCUGUGAAGAUUGCCGUGAACUCACCUCGUUGCACUUUCUGACCUGGAGUCUACCUUUUUAUCACUACCUGUAUGAGCUGCUGGAGUUGGUUUAACCUAAGCUAAGUUAACUAUUUAUUAGAGUGUUCUGUUUGGAUGUGCUUAUGAAAGAAUCUUUCAAUAAAGAAGACAUUAAAAGAA